AGGUGAAAGAGAUGUGGGUCGCAUAUUGCAGGUUAGCCAAGGCUGGGAGUUUGGGAAAGUAUGACAUCGAACUCCUGACUGAUCAUUGCAACACCAGAUGGCUAAAGUGAUGCAGGGCAUAUGUAGGGUCUGUAGCAAAUAGAAUAGCUCCCCCUUGCGGGGCAUAGCAUUUUCGGUAGUUACUUCUUUUCUUGUUUGGAUUCCCCCCAGCCACGUAGCCUUCGCCUCUAAUGUAGAAACCUAAAGUGGCAAUCCUGAAUUUUGUGCCAAUGACACAAACCAAAUAAAAAAAUUCAUUAAAAAUUCCCAUAUUCCAUUUGGAAAAGUGAAAGAAAAGGGAAAUGUCUGAGUCGCCACCGCUGGAACAUCAUGCAAAUUCGAAAUCAAAUCUCAUCGAAUGUCAACACAUUGGAGUCACGGCCAAGCUACAAUCACCUCUCAAGAAUCUAAUGGCAAUGGAUAGCUCGUCCUCCACUGAAGCUGAUAAUAAUCAGCCUUUAUAUGGGGCAAGAGACCAACAUCAAAAUUCCACAAAAUACAAUAAAUUCUCUAAUAAUAGAGCCUCAGUAGUCUCCAGCGAUUCCACUGUGACAGAUACAUCCAAGGUGCUCUAUGAAAUGAAAUCUUUGCCCACUAAGGCAACAUCCAAUGGGAUGUUGGGACUUUCUGUGACACCUGCCAAAAUAGAAUUUCAAUUGUACACCAGAAAUUCCAGGCACACAAGAAGGGGCAGCAAAUCUACAACGGCCUCAAACAAAAAGAAAACCAAACGCCAUCUAUUUGCAGACAAGGUGAAGAAAUCAAAGCCUAUGGGUGAGCAGAAGCCAAGCCUAUUUCAACGUUUCCGAGAUUCUUUAGCAGAAUUGGCCCAUGGUGCCCCCAACCGGCAAACUCAGCCAACGAGUAUAGAUAGCAUAUUCUCUGAUCUGCCGCAGCCCGAUUUAUAUGCCGAGCCAUGCCAGUGUGUAGCCCUUGGCGAAGUACGUCUUGGCAUUUAUCCUUUUGAUCAUGGACAUGCUGAUUAUCUCAAGACCCACGAUUGUCCUCCCCAUAUCCUGUCUUGGGCUUUGGCCGAGCGUACCACCCAUUGUGCCACCAAGUUCUGGGCUGAGUUUUUUGGCAGUCUGUACAUUGGGGUGGCUUUUGUGGUGACUUUUUUGCUGCAAACUUACCGCUUUCUUUUGUAUUCCUUGAUAAAUACCCUGCUGGUGGGCCUGCUCCACAUGACCUCCGAUUAUUUGGUGAAACCCCUGUUGGCAGUCCUUUUCAAUGGCUUCUUGCAGCCUCCUUUGAUAUGUUGUUUCAAUAUUCUGACAUUGUUGCGAGACAUAUUGCAACCCAUUGCAGAUAGUUUGAAUAAUUUCAUGAAACCCUUGGCAACACUGGCUCGUAGUGUGCGCUUGGUGCAUGUCUCUCAAAAUAAAAAGAAUAUCACUAAGAAUGUUUAGAUACACAGCA